AGGUGAAUUAGCUAGCUAGCUAAACCCUGAGGAGCGCUUGUUUUGACAGAGGAGAAAAUCUCCGUUGCUAUUUAGGAAACAGCAGCAGGACCGGAAAAUCCUUCCAGUGUUUGAAAUGCUUUGUUGUUGGCGUGGUUGUUAAAGAGGAAACGUUAAUUUGUUUAUUUCACGCUGACUUAAACGCUGCCCUACUGUUCCCCCAUAAACAUGACCUCCCGCCGCCCAGACAGCUUCGACGGCUUGGGCUACAGGGGCAGGGACGAGCCGGCAUACGGCGGAGGAUAUUCGGGAAGGUCGUUUAACAGUUCGUCCGGCGCUGAUCUGCAGCACUGGGUCACCACGCCUCCGGACAUCCCCGGCAGCAGGAACCUGCACUUCGGAGAGGGCUCGCCGCAGUAUGAAGCGGCUCCUGCAGCCCCCGGGGACGAGCUCCAGUCGGCUGCUCCUCCAUCCGAUCAGUUGAACAGAUUUGCUGGUUUCGGGAUCGGCCUCGCAAGUCUUUUUACAGAAAAUGUUCUAGCCCACCCGUGUAUUGUGUUUCGGCGUCAAUGUCAGGUGAAUUACCACGCCAGAUGCUACCACCUGUCACCUUUAUCAGCUCUUAAUGUGAUGUACAACGUCUCCAAAUCUCAGGGUCCAAAGGCUUUAUGGAAAGGGAUGGGGAGUACGUUCGUGGUCCAGGGGGUGACCCUCGGGACGGAGGGCAUCAUCAGCGAGUGCACCCCAUUGCCAAGGGAGCUGCCACACAGAUGGAAUCCCAAACAAAUCGCAGGCCACUUUCUUCUGAAAGGUUUAACACAUGUGGUUGCAUUGCCGUUUUACUCAGCAAGCCUGAUUGAAACCGUCCAGAGCGAGAUCAUUCGUGACAACCCGGGCAUUCUGGACUGUGUCAAGGAGGGCGUUGGGCGUAUUUUGGGUCUGGGCGUGCCCCACAGUAAACGGCUCCUUCCCCUGUGGACGCUGGUCUUUCCCACCGUCCUCCAUGGCGUCCUACAUUACAUCAUAAGCUCCAGUGUGCAGAAGCUGGUGUUGUACGUGCUGCGUCGCCGCGGUGCCGCCAACACGUCGCCCAAGCGCACUGAAUUCGGAACGGAGACGGUCCAGAACAUGCUGGACGCCUAUUUCCCGGAGCUGAUCGCUAGCUUCGUGGCCAACCUGUGCGCUGACGUGCUCCUGUUUCCUCUGGAGACCGUCCUGCACCGGUUGCAUGUUCAGGGAACGCGCACCAUCAUCGAUAAUACCGACCUGGGCUUCGAGGUGCUUCCCAUUAACUCGCAGUACGAGGGGAUGAGGGACUGCAUAAACGCAAUACGGCGCGAAGAGGGUCCGCUGGGCUUCUACAAGGGCUUUGGGACCAUCGUGAUUCAGUACUCGCUACACGCGACGGUUCUGCAGAUCACCAAGAUGAUUUACUCAACACUGCUGCAAAACGCCUGAGGCGAACAUAUCGAAUACGGCGCUCACGGGUCCUUGGAACUCUUUAUUUCGUCAGACAUCUGUGUUAUGAUUUCAGGAAGCACUUGCAUGAAACUUUGAUGUAUUCGCAAAAGUAAUGUCAGGCUGCCUUCGCACUCUGCAUUUUUCUGUUUUUGUUUCGUUUUUAUAAAGAGAAAUUGUUGGCCACACCCCUUGGCACUGUAAUCAUAACAACACUAUUAUUAUGAUUAACAAGUCUGGCUUCUGAUUGCAUAGGCUAGAGAUCAGCUAGUUUGUCUAUACUGAUGGUAUAAAAGAAAAAAUGUGAUGGCAUUGUUAAUCCUAAACCUGCUUACACUCCCUCAGUAACCCUGUGCUCACACUAGGACAUGGAGACACCGUCAUACUGUAGGUGACAGCGUGAGAUUAAAACUUUCAAGUUUUAUUUCUGUCAUUUAUCCUAAGUUUAUCCUCAUUAACUACAUAUGGAGGCGUGAUGGGGAGGUAUUACUAAUCGUAGAACUGGUGUUUAAACAAUUUGUUUAAAUAGUUUGUGUCGCUUAUAACAUUCUCUUCGAAAAACUACAAACGAAUCAAAUCUCUCACUAGACUUGAUGAGACAUUGACAUGUCCUCACCAGAUUGGUUCAGGCAUCCUAAACCGUUUGGACUUUUCAAUUUACUGUGUAUGACGGAGGGGAAAACCUCAGCAGUGGCAGGGCUUUAUGAUUCUUCUGUUCUGUUCACCUUAAAACAACCCUUAGAUAACGACUGAAUGACUAAAUAAACUUGAUUUGGCAAAAGCUACACAAAGUUUCCCCGGUGCUUCUAACCCAAGACCUAAGACACAGAUAAGAGAUGGGCGUUCAGCUCGUUUUUGCCCUUAGGGUAAAAGUGAAAAAAUGAGUGGACUCGUGGUAAAGGUUGCAACUAAGGGAGAGUCCCAAGGAGAUCAAUACCAUUGUUCUCAUCAGGUCCUCUUUUUGGAAUUCUAACCUAGAACCUUUUUAAAAAGCGGGUAUUAAAAAUUAUUUUCAGACCCCCAAUGUUUGUGAAUACAAGUGUUCUUGUAGGAUUGUGUGCUUAUAUUGUGUGAGAAAGCUGCCUUUAGAAUAAGGAUUUCAUCUUAAAAGGUUGAAGCUCAUUUGUUCUACUAAAUCACCACAGCUUUCUUUCUCUGUCUGUGUGUGUGUGGAUAUCUUUCUCAUUUUUCUUUUUCCCUCUUUUUCUUCGUUCUUCCUUAACACGAUUUCUUUCCCUGUCGUGCGCUUGCUGCGUUUUCUGCACAACCCAAAUUUCUACAGUCUUGCCUUCAGUAGAAGCACUUUCUCUUUUUCAAACACGCAAUUAGAAAGUUUUCCUUUAACCCCUUCAGGACCAGUGUAUGGCUAUUUGUUUUACACGAACAUAAUUGUAAAGUGUUAUUUAGUUAUUUGCACCCUGGUGAAUAUUUGUAAUGAUGUAUAUAUUAGAGGAAAUGUUUCCAAUCUGCUUUCUGCAAGGGUGUACAGUAUGAGCGUGCCGUAUCGCAUUAGCACUGAUUUAUAGUUAUCGUGUCAAAUGUCGCCUGCAGCACUUUGUCUGGAAGGAAAUGUAUUGUUUUAAGCUGCACUUAACAGAAAAAAUAAUAUAUACAAUAUUGGGUACUGUGAUUGAAAAUAAAUGUGUGGAAUCA